GUCAGUUGAUGUCAGCUGAAUGCCAGUCUCUUCAGAAAAGCUCCGUUCCCAGUUUGAGUUAGAGUAGGGACCAUGCUGUCCCAGGUUCAAGGAUAAAAAGCAUCAGGCCCAAGUGCCAUCCAUAGUCCAUCUCCAGAGUCUUCCUCCACAAACUGGGAUUCAUCCCCGCUGAAAAGCACAAUCUAACAGCAAGGGAACAAAAAAACCAUGCUAUCACAUAAUACUAUGGUGAAGCAGAGGAAACAGCAAGCAACAGCCAUCAUGAAGGAAGUCCAUGGAAAUGAUGUUGAUGGCAUGGACCUUGGCAAAAAGGUCAGCAUCCCCAGAGAUAUCAUGUUGGAAGAAUUAUCCCAUCUUAGUAACCGUGGUGCCAGGCUAUUUAAGAUGCGUCAAAGAAGAUCUGACAAAUACACAUUUGAAAAUUUCCAGUAUGAAACUAAAGCACAAAUAAAUCACAGUAUUGCUAUGCAGAAUGAGAAACUGGAUGGAAGCAACUUGGAAGGUGGUUCACAGCAAGCCCCCUUGACUCCUCCCAACACCCCAGAUCCACGAAGCCCUCCAAAUCCAGACAACAUUGCACCAGGAUAUUCUGGACCACUGAAGGAAAUUCCUCCUGAAAAAUUCAACACCACAGCUGUCCCUAAGUACUAUCAGUCUCCCUGGGAGCAGGCCAUUAGCAAUGAUCCGGAGCUUUUAGAGGCUUUAUAUCCUAAACUUUUCAAGCCUGAAGGAAAGGCAGAACUGCCUGAUUACAGGAGCUUUAACAGGGUUGCCACCCCAUUUGGAGGUUUUGAAAAAGCAUCAAAAAUGGUUAAAUUUAAAGUUCCAGAUUUUGAGCUACUAUUGUUAACAGAUCCCAGGUUUAUGUCCUUUGUCAAUCCCCUUUCUGGGAGACGGUCCUUUAAUAGGACUCCUAAGGGAUGGAUAUCUGAGAAUAUUCCUAUAGUUAUAACAACUGAACCUACAGAUGAUACCACUGUACCAGAAUCAGAAGACCUAUGAACAGAAAGUUGAAUAUGCCACAUAAAACUCUGAAUAUAAAGUUUCUGUUUUAUUAUUCUAAUUACUGGUAAAGCCACUUGCAUUUUUCAUUAGUAGCAAUAAUAGCAAUUUAGUGAUUCUCCUUUUAUGACAUUCAAUUUCAAUCUCAGAUCAAAUAUUAAUAAACAAUUAGAAAUCUUACUUUAAAAGACUUAUAACUCACUUGUCUUCAUUCAUAAUUUUGUUGUCACCUGGUUCAAAGAAUCUAGACAUUUUAUUGCAAAAUUUAGAUAGAAAAGUAAUUGACAACAAACAGUUUCACCUUUGUCUCAUUUUAUAUGAUUUAUUACAGAGUAAGUUUUUCAAGUGGAAUCUAGAAUCAAAAUACAGUGUGAGAUAUGUAGACUUAUUCAGAGUUUCAUCUAAGGGAUGAAAGCUAUGGAGGAUGAUGUACAGAUUUAUUGAUGGAGGAAAGGGUUAGGUAUGUCCUUUCUGGUGACCAUGAGAAAAUAAUAUGUCUUGAUGAAGUCUUUCCAUUAAUCACUCUUAGAAUUCUAAAGUGCUUUGCACUUUUCAAUAUGUUUUGAAUCAUUACGUAAUUAUUCUGGAUGAUUUUCUCCAAAGUUCAAUUCAGUUAUUAUAUUCAGUUAGUAUUAGGUCCAGGAGACUUGCCAGGGUCUGUCCUACAGACCCUACCUUCAUGACGGAUGAAUAAAUGCACUUAGACACAAAUUUCCAGUGAACAAGUGGGCUGGGGGGGUCAUAAGCCACUCACAGAGAGAGAUUGCAGCUAUAUGACCUUGACUAGUUGGCCUUCUCUGCAUUUAUUCAGUAUGAAUUUAAUAACAGAGGCUCUAAGCUAACACACUUGUGGAGGAAAAUUAAAGGCCAAGUUCUGAGGCCUAAAGCAAACACUAUUAGAGGGUAAUCUCCUUGGUCGACCUCCCCACAAGAGGGCCAUCCAGCUCAAAUGUUAGUUUUAAGACUACAUGAAUGAACAAGUUAUUCAGACAAACUUCUCUACAUAUUUCAGCUAUUUUGUUUUCUUUUUAUCUAAAUGUAAAGAGGAUUUAGGCUGCCUUCAGCUCAAACUUCUACUGACUCUAUGCAAAAACCUCUUGGCCUUCCAAUAAGUUUUGUGACUAUUCCUUAAAGCUAUCUCUAAUAUUUUUCCUUUAAUAUUUUUGCUACCACCCUGAGUGAAUUCCCACAGAGACUGAGAGACAAUGACGCAAGGAUGUCAUAGUAGUAUAGUUUUAAUGACCAAAGUGUGCCCAGAAUUCAAGUUUCACAAAUAACAAUGCUGUGCAUUAUGUUCAACUUUAUGUGUGGGUUUUCAGAAGAGCAAGAACAAAUAAGGUACAAACAAAUACACAUAUAAAUGCAUACAUGUAUGUGAGAUAGGGAAAGAGUAAGUAAUUUGAAUUGGCAGCUUUCUUUCCUAAAUCUUUAAAUUCUGUUAAAAUCCUCAAGUAACUGGGGAGUACAUGCUAUAAGACACAGACAGAAACAAAAGGCAUGAAAGUAUCUGAAAGCAAUGUAGCACAUAUCUAUCAUAAUAUAUGUAAUAUAUUGACAUAGAAGACUCAAACUAAACUAAUAUAAAGUUAUAGUUAUAUUAAAGUAUGACUGAGGAAUUAUAUGACAGGUAACUUAUAGAAAUCAAUAUCAAUUCCUCCCAUUUCAAUUAAAUUAAGAGUUCUGUGAUAGAUGUUUAUAGCGGAGAAGAAAUGUCUCAUCAAUAGAAAACUGUCUAUUAGAUAAAGUUUAGGUGAGAAGAAGGACAGUGUAUAGCAGUGAAAAUACCAAGUCACAAUAUUACAUAUUUACAGAAGAAUCUAUGUACUGUGGAAAUUGGUGAUUGUUUUAAUCAUCGUCUAGACUUGUAAGUAGCAAAAUUAAAAAAAUUUGCUUAUGAAAAUAUAACCCCUAGAAAGCAGCAAUGACACAAUAUUGUAUUUAUAAAUAUUAUUGUAGAGAAUUUGUAUAUUUUUAAAUAUGUCUUAAGAUAUCUUAAUUUUAUUUAUAAGUUUUGGUGUUCAAUUGUAUUAAAACAAUAUGUUGGCAUCUGUGAUAAA